UGGCCGGCGCAUAUAAUGACCUCUUGCCUCGCCCCUCCUUCUUGUCUUCUCUUUUCCUUUCUUCUUUUCUUCAGCAAGCAAGUGAAUGAUUGAGGCCAGUUUUUGUUUUUUGUUGUUUGUCUUUUUUCCCCUUUCCAUCUUUUUCCUCUCUCUCCCAAAGAGCUGUGCUCUUCGCAACAACAUAAUACACUCACCAGAUAAUAUCAAAACAAAAACAAAAAAAUAAACCCCACAGCCAACUAGGAGCCUGCUGCGCAGCUUCGCCAUCACCAUCUUUACAAAGCAUUUUCUGGCCUUCUUGCUCAUCAAACGAUCACUUUGAGACCCUUUCAAGCUUAUUUCCAAUUUCAGAAACUCUUGCACCAGCAGCUUCAUUUAUUUUAAUUCUGUCCUAAUAACAAAGUCAAAAUGUCGACUCAACUGUCUUUCUCUCUCCGUGUUUCUUCGGGCGUCAAGUCCGUCCACCUUCUCGGCUCCUGGGACAACUACCAAGGCCAGCUCCCGCUUUCCAAGGACAAGACCUCGUCCAAGUCUGGCUCAUGGAAGGGCACUUUCCGCUUCCCCGGCAGCACACUCGAGUCCGGCCAGCGCUACUGGUACUACUACAUCAUCGAUGGAUACCACUGCGCCCACAACCCCAGUGAGGCCUCGACCGUUGAGCCCACCACCGGCCGCUCGCUGAACAUCCUCGAUGUUGCCAAGUCCUCUUCUUCAUCCAAGUCGUCCUCCAAGUCUUCGUCUUCCUCCAAGAGCUCGUCCCGCCACUCUUCUUCGUCCAAGUCUUCCUCCAAGUCGUCGUCUUCUUCGUCGUCCAAGCGCUCCAGCGAUGUCGCCAAGGGCCGCCCCCUGUCCGUCUCCCAGAUCAAGGCCCCCAAGCCCAUGGCUCCCCACGCCACCCGCCACAUCCUGGACGGCAGCUACGACGACGAGGAGGUCGCCGAGCUCGCCGAGCGCUUCGGCUACGCCACCUUUGAGGAUGAGUACAACGAGGACCUCGUUACCGACUUUGGCAGCUCUUCGCCCGUAUCGUCGGUCGGCUCCGGCUCGGACCUGUCCUCGUACUACCGCUCCGACAGCUCCAGCCCCAACUCAAGCAUGUCCGGCUACUCGACUCCCAGCUCCGACUGCAGCUCGUGCACGUGCGAGCGCUACGGCAUCACCCGCAAGGGCGACCGCGUCCGCCUCGACUGUGGUGGCUCGCGCUGCGGCUACGACAACGAGUCUGAGUGCUCGUCCGGCUCCGAGGACGAGUACGUCAGCAGCCGCUCCAGCCGCCGCAACGGAAUGGUCGUCCGUGCUUAGACGUUGCCAUGCCGCUGCCUCGGGUGAGGAUAAGAAGUGUUGUACCAAUAGACGACGACAACCAAGAGAAGUUCCCUAUUGUGGCGCUAUCUUUUUAAUUUUGUCGCUUCAAAAGAAACCGCAGACAGACCGUUUCACUCAUUUAAGAGUGGGGAGGAACCCGGGCACUCGCCCUAUUUGCUCGCCAGCCUGAACCGCAUAGGCGGUGGCAAAGAAAGUGGUCCUUCCUGAUUCGAAACUUGUUGUUACAGGAUAGCAUCUCACCGAUUCACCUUAUACAACGGUUCACCGAGUUUAAUCUCCUGCCGAGCCCCCAAGAGCCGGGCCGCGGACCACAUUGCUGGUCAGUGUUUUGCCGCCCAAUCUUUCAUCCCCCCGGCUUGCUACUUGGGAGUCGUGCCAACUCAUGAGAGCCUUGUACUCGUGAAUUCUGGUUCGAGUUGCACCACCCAUUCUGGGUCGAUGCUGCGACCCCCGCGGACCAGGCCGCUUCAUGCCAGGCCGCGCGAUUUUUUUGUGCUUUUGUUUUUUGUUUUGGUGAUAUUCUCUAUUGAGAGAUCCCAAAUAAUGUACAAACCCCAAAAUAACUUUCAUUGAAUUCGAGGCAACCGAGAUCGUCUCUGUGAGAGGGUCCGGCCCUUGCCUCUUGCCGCGCGCGUGUCGGGGUUGGGAGGGGGAUCCAGGAGAACAAAAUGUCUGGCUUUGAAGGGCAGUGAUAAGCACGCUUAUCUUUUUGUUCUUUGUCAGUUUACUGUUUCAUCUCUCUCAACUUCGUCAUGGGGGAUAAAUAUGUGGUCCUCUCAUGAGCCAGGAUUCCGGGGCAUUUUCUUUACUUGAGAGGCCUGCCACAUUCGGAAGGGAGCGGAGGGAACAUGACAGGGAAUGGUUCAAGUGUCAAAAUAGUCUGGUUUACUGCAAAGUAUACCCCAGCUCGAACUUUUUGCCUGCCUUCUUUCCCCCCUGCACAACGGUUAGAUGAUCGGUACUAUGACAAUCUAUUCGUUGGAUAUCUUUUUUCGACAAGCCAUCAAAACAAAGUUUCCUUCUUUUUCCUCUUGACUGCAUAAGCCAACCGGGUUUAUCUGUGUGAUUCUUGUCGUGCAUGAUCAAAC